AUGCCUUCGACAGUCUCAGAUUCAUCCGAGCUGGCUGGAUCACCUGUACCCAGUUCAUCUUGUAUUGAUCUACCUGAGAUCGAUUUUGACUUGAAUACUUUCCUACAGUCUUGCUCAGAGUUCAUGUCACAACCCCUCACGCCUUCCCCAGUCUUUCACGUGCCGCCUAUCCUACCUGAUCCGGCCGUAUCUACACCCCCUUACACCUCUGACGAAGGUAGCGUCGUUGGUGAUUGUGCGCUCGACCUCGACCAUCAACGGAAAACCAAACACAUAGCUCGCCCGGUCGUAUCGGUCUCAGCGAAACCUCAAAUCACUCUCACCAUGUCUUCCAAUCGACAAUUCAACGCGUACCAAUCCCCCGAUCCAUCCAAUCCCUCUUCGUCAAGUAUGUCAAUGAGAACUUCUCAAUCCAGCUCCCAAUCACAAUCACCUCCCUCUCUCACCUACUCGUAUAGUAAUUCCAACAUAUUCGCUUCCUACGCUCAAUCAUAUCCUACCACAAGUUAUUUCCCUCAACAAGAUCCUCAUGUUAUAGCCCCUUCUACAAAUUCACACGCUAGCUCACCACCUUGGCAAACUACCGAUACCGAAGCCAACGCUUCUGGACUCGAUGUUGAUCUUGAUAUCGAUCUGGAAGGUAUCACAGAUGAUGGGACAGGCGAACGGUCUUAUUCGACUGCUUCUCCAGGCAAAUCCCUCAAAAUAAGCGGUAAAGAUUCGAUACCACGUCCACCAAACGCUUGGAUCUUGUACAGAUCCGAUAUAUUGAAGGAUCUGGCAUCGGGAAACGAUAUACCUGGGCUUGAUACUGUUUUGACAAAGUUGGGAUAUGGACCUGUCACUUCAGCAAGCUCAGAUGAAAGCAAUAGUGAAUCGAUCUCGGCGUCUAAAGGGAAAGCAAAGCAAGUGACAGACUCGGAGAUGAUGCCGCCACCUUCGACAUUUAAAGUUAAGAAGUCGAAAAAGGGGGUUAAACAACCUACGGAGGAGUUUCUAAGUUUGGGUAGAGGUAAAACGGGAAAAGGUCUACCUCAGGCUCAUAUAAGUAAACUGAUCAGUACGUUGUGGAAAAAUGAAACGGAAGAGAGAAAGGCUUUUUACGAGAGAAAGGCUGAUUUAAGAAAGAUCGAACACCAAAAGAAAUACCCAGACUACAAGUUCCAGCCUAUGAGAAAAGCGGACAAGAUCCGACAGCGAGAGGAGAGGGAACGAGAGCGGGAAGAACUCAAACGUCAGAAGGAAGCUGAGAAGCAGGCUGGCAAGGCGAAACGACAUCAGCGAAGACAGCGAAAUCGGGUUUCCCCAUCAUCACCAUAUUCAGUGAUGAACUCAAGCAAAAGACCAGACACGGGAUCUCUCGCUCGGUCAUUGUCUUACUCUGGCGAGUCAAGUAAGAAUGGCAGCCAGUGGUGGGCUAAUGCCGGUCCAAGUGCUGCAUAUGGUGGUCCUCGACGUGAAACCGAGCCUGCUCCCUCUAGAUAUGCUCUCGGUGCGGACCCGUUGGGUGUAUACCCCUUCCCAGUACCCAUCGAUGCUCUGCCGGCCUUAGCUCCGGACGAUAGCAGCACCAUGCAUCAGCAGGGAACGCCGGGGGCGAUGAUCGCGGAAGAUUACCACUCGUGGCAACAUCGACAAAGUCACGGUCACCCUCAACCUCAUCCAAUGCCUAUACCAGCACCUCCGGUUCAUAUGGAGUCAAGACAAAGGAGUCGCACUCCAAUAGCUCCUGCCAUGAGUCAUGAGUCUUCUUCCGACAUACAUCCUUCUCUUCGUCCUCCCACUCAGGCCCAGCCAUCAAUCCCACAUCCUCACCCUCCACAGGUACAGGAAGUACCUCCUCAGCCGAUGCAGGGUUUGGGCGUCUACCCAUCAAUGCAUUCGGCAAUUCCCUUCAUCGCAGAUCCAUUACCUAUGGAUGCACAUGGACGGCCCAUGGCUAUUCUCGGACUUGACGAUAUCCAGCCCUUCCUCGAAGACGAUAAUGGUGAUCCUGCUAUGCUCGCUGAGAUGUGGUGGAACCUUCAAGAUGAGGAUGUAAGAGAUGAUUUGGAAAAUGCCACCGGACCAAGUGGUCUCUUAGCCGAUGAGAGGACACUACAGGUCUAUGAUAUCGAUGCUGACGAGGCUGGACGGUCAUCAGCAACAAGAGUCUCAAUCGCAUCCACCGAUGUUCCCAGUGGCAGUAACAGUGCUGCACCCCUAACACCCUCUACAACAUUCCUCGCCCAAGAGCCGUUCGGAAUUCCCGUAGGUGAAGUCGCCUAUCCAUACCCUCAAGGUUUUGUACCCAUGUAUGUCUCGGUGAUACCUGAAGAUGGGAACAUCGACCCUUCCAUACCCUUCUUCACACCAGGCUACGAUGCGAACCUGCCAUAUUUAUCAAUGGACGCCACACUCGACCCAUCAUUGUUCGUCCCGAUAGACGAACAGGGUCCUUUCCUUUCUACCCAACAGCCAAUGUCACCUACUGAAAGUUGGUCUGCCGGUCCGACACCUCGAGAAGCUACAUUCUUACGUGCCGCCGGAUCAGGGUCCAAUAGAAUUCCAUCCAAUUCGUCAGAAGGCACCGUCAGAACCAUAUCAUCAAACCAACAGUCUGCUCCACGAUACGUUUCGAACUCUGCUUAUCCGCUUACUCCAUCUUCCCAAGAUCCUACUGCCUUACUUGGGACAGGUAGUGGCAUAGUUGAUAGAAAUACUUCGUAUUCUGCUUUAGCAGCUGUCAUGUCUGGACAAACCAUGGGAAUAGGGAUGAGUAUAGGAGGAGCGGAAGAUAUGUUAGGAUGGGCUGAUAAUGACGUGAUUGAUCUUUCUGAAGAAGAAGAUGGAAACGAACAGGAUGGAUCCCAACAACAACGAAGGGAAAAAGGUAAUAAUAGGAUACCUACCCCUAUUAGUGCAGGUGCAAGUGUUUCUACAUCUAGACCUGAACAGAUUCAGGCUCAGGUUAAAUCACCACACGAUCCUAAAUCCAUUCCAGAUCCAACGAAGGAACAGCCACAGAUACCUAGGAAACAUGCUACGAGAAGUAGAGCGGUAGCUUCGAAGUUCAGUGGAGAUGGAGGAGUAUAA